UCGGAGUUUGGGAGAAAUCUUACAUACGAGUCGCAAGUUCCGCCUACUAUUCACACUAAACCCCUUUCAUCGAACCUAUCCGACCCAAAGCGAGUCUAGCCUGAACCUGUCGGCCUUCUUGUCAAAAGCUGUCUCUAUACUUUAGUAUAGUACGAGAGUACCGUCUAUACCAUACCAUACCCUACUGUCUAUCCUAUCAUCGAAGUACACGCACAGUCUGCCCAACAUGCAUAUCCUGGUCGUGAACGACGACGGACCUCCUUCCCACCGCCUGUCUCCAUACAUCCAACCGCUAGUAUCCGCUCUGCAAGCCGCAGGCCACCUCGUCUCCGUCGCCAUCCCAGCCGCUUCCCGCUCCUGGAUCGGCAAGGCACAUAUCAUCGAAGCGCCGCUGAAAGCCACCUACGUCCCGCCGCAAGCGUUCCAUAACGACGGCACCUGGAACGAGACCUACACCUCUGCCACCGACAACACCGACAACAACGACGAAUGGGUGGUAAUAAACAACGGCACGCCGGCCAGCUGCGUGCAGCUCGGCCUCUUCAACCUCUUCCCCGACCGCCCCGCCAUUGACCUCGUCAUUUCCGGCCCCAACCACGGCCGCAACGCCUCCACCAUCUAUAACCUCUCGUCCGGCACCGUGGGCGGCGCCCUCGAGGCCGCCACCUGCGGCAAGCGCGGCAUCGCUAUCUCUUUCGGCAGCAAGGAGGAGCAGCCCGCCGCCGUCAUCGCCACCGCCGCGCGCCUCGCCGUGCGCGUCGUCAACCACUUGAUCGGGAAUUGGGACGAGCGCGUCGAGCUCUACAACAUCAACGUCCCCAUGCGCGAGGAUGUCGAGUCCCGGCCCGUGCUGUGGACGCGCACCCUGCCCUACUACUGGGCUAAGGGGUAUCUCUACGCCGAGGCCGAUGCGCAACAACAACAAGAGCAAGUCAAUGGUGAUUCCGAGGCACAGCACAAGCCCGCUACAACGCUCAGACAACGGGACUUCAAAUGGGGUGCGCAGCUAUUGGACAUGAAGAAAGCGCUGCAGGCCAGUGAGGAAGGGACGGAUGCGCAUACCGUGUUGAACGGGAGUACCAGUGUCACUGCCCUCCGUGCGAAUUUCUGGCAUGUCCCUGGCUUGGAGGGGCCUUUGGAGCUGAAUGAUGUGUGAUGUGGCCCAAAGUCACGACCGAGGAAAAUCUCUUGCACGACUUCCAGGGGAUUGGUCAACGGUGAUGGAACAACAAGAAGAAAAUACGACAACAUACUUAUAUGCAUGGACGCGGACGCAAAUGAUUCACGUCCCUCUUAUGAUUUUGCGACAUUAGAUACCCGCAACGGUUCCUUUUGGUUCUUCGCUGCAUAUUAUGCUUGGACAUUCAAGAUAUUCGAUGACUUUGAUGAUAUCUGGUUUGGAUGUAAUUAGAAGGAAGAAGGAUUGAGAGAAUUCGUAUGAAUCGAAC